AUGGCCUCCAUCAAACAGGCCUUCCAGAAAGUGCUGGACUCAACGGCACUCGCGACCACAAAGUUCAUCCGCCGACCCCCAAUUGACCCGAAAACCCCGAUUCAAGGACAACCAAGACAGCCAUCCUCAAAUGCAUACAGACUUCACCAGGAAAAGGAAGGUCGGCGGUUACAGAAGGCCCUGAACUCGCUCACACACGGCCAAAACAUCUUUGUGUACCACAACCUUCGCACGAAGCAGGUAGUGUACUCAUUGACCCGUUACUUGGAGAAAGCCAAUGUCCUCAAGCAAUGUGUCUACCUUGGAAAGAAGACUGUUCCCGCCGAGGUCCGCAAGGACAUGUGGGUUCCUUAUUACUCCUUGCACUUCAACGAAGCACAAGUCGGAUUGAACGUAUACAACCUGCUGCGCCAAUUCGCACUCCUCCGCCAACUCUCCCCACCUAAGGAAAUGAUCACCGUGACAAAAGAAUAUCUCGACUCCAAGCGUCCCCGGGACCCGCGCGAUCAAAAAGAAUGGGAUGAUCACAACAUGGGCCGACUUGGUCACAUUAUGAAACAGAAGGAGCGCGCCAAGGUUCUCAUGGACCAGAAGGCCACUUCGAUUGCCGAUGUUGCUUUUGUUCUUCAGAAGCAAUCAGACGAUAUCCUCAAAGGUCUCCCUGGAUACACAAAGUCCGGAUACAAGACGCUGAAGGCGCGUAAGCGCAGGCGUGCGGCUCUCAAGGCUGCUACGGAGCUUGCUUCGGAGCGUGCCGAGCAGAUUUCUUCCCUGGAGGAACAGCUUCAGGCUGAGAUCCGUACGGAUGUGUCCAAGCCUGAGGAGCAGCAGGUCAAGAUCCUGUGGCAGGAUCUUUACGAUGCGCAGUAUGCCAAGGAAUGGCCUGAGUUCAUUCAUCACGGUCAGCUGCGUUGGACUCGUAACCACAUCAUUGGUCAGGAGGCAGUUGAGGGAGCCGAUGUCAUUACUGAUGGUACUUUCGAGGAGGCUAAAUAA